ACCCUUCUUCUUCCCCUUUUAAACCCUAAUUUUCUCUCUACCUCAACAACGACUCAAUCAUGGCUUUGUUCUUAUCUCCUAAAGCCAUCACUCUUCUCUUUUUCUCCCUCUCCCUCGCACUCUACUGCAGCAUUGAUCCUUUUCACCACUGCGCCAUCUCCGAUUUCCCCAAUUUCGUCUCUCACGAAGUUGUCUCUCCACGUCCCGAUGAAGUCCCAUGGGAGAGAGAUUCGCAAAACUCACUUCAGAAAUCAAAGAUUCUGUUUCUAAACCAAGUCCAAGGUCCAGAGAGCGUCGCGUUUGAUUCUCUCGGACGCGGUCCGUACACCGGAGUUGCUGAUGGUAGAGUUUUGUUUUGGAAUGGUCAGAAAUGGAUUGAUUUCGCUUAUACUUCGAGUAAUCGAUCGGAGAUUUGUGAUCCGAAGCCUUCUGCUUUGAGUUACUUGAGGAAUGAGCAUAUAUGUGGUCGUCCUCUUGGUCUUCGUUUCGAUAAGAGAACCGGAGAUUUGUAUAUCGCCGACGCGUAUAUGGGACUUUUGAAAGUUGAUAGCAGCAUCAAUUACCAGAGGAGGAACUUCUUGCAGCUCGUCUUCUCUGGAGACAAUACUGGGAGAGUGCUAAAGUAUGAUCCAAUAGCUAAGAAAGCUGUUGUUUUAGUCUCAAAUCUUCAGUUUCCUAAUGGUGUGUCUAUCAGCAAAGACGGUUCUUUCUUUGUAUUCUGCGAAGGCGAUAUUGGAAGCCUACGAAGAUACUGGUUAAAAGGCGAGAAAGCUGGAACGACAGAUGUGUUUGCGUUUUUACCAGGGCAUCCUGAUAACCUGAGGAUGUUCAUACUGAGACUGCCAAUCACUGCAAGAACACACUACUCGUUCCAGAUCGGAUUACGGCCGCACGGAUUGGUGGUUAAGUAUAGUCCUGAAGGGAAGCUUAUGCAGGUUCUUGAAGAUAGUGAAGGCAAAGUUGUGAGAUCAGUAAGUGAAGUGGAAGAAAAAGAUGGGAAGCUUUGGCUGGGAAGUGUGUUGAUGAACUUUGUUGCUGUCUAUGACCUCUGAUUGCUUGACCUAUACCUAAACCACAUCACUGGUUUCUAGAUUUAGCAAAUUCGGAAAACAUUUAGGUGUGUAUUAAAUCAAAGACACUUAG